AUGAAAGUUUCAAUCAUAAACACGACCGGGACACCCCACUCGAGUCUUGUAGAGACUUACUACAAGUACGGUGAUUCUAGAAUCACACAGUGCAUUCAUAAAACAAGUAUGUCUACAACUCGCUGCCAAGGAAAAGACAACGGCAAUACGACAUCGAAUCCUGCACAGCCAGACACGCUAACACAAAAAGACGACUCAAUUGGGGUUGACAAAGAGCCAAAGAGUGUAAGUGAAACGUCAGAUCUUCCAAAGUCAGACACAGACACACCAACAGAAAAGCAGAUUGUUGAAGACAAAGAGUCAAAGAGUAUAAGUAAAACAUUGAAUCCUCCAAAGUCAGACACAGAAACAUCCACAGAAGAGACGAUUGGGGAAGACAAAGAGUCAAAGAGUAUAAGUGAAACAUCGAAUCCUCCAAAGUCAGACACAGAAACGCCACCAGAAAAGCAGAUUAAUGAAGACAAAGAGUCACAGAGUGUAAGUGAAUCGUCAGAUCUUCCAAAGGCAGACACACAAACGCCUACAGAGGAGCCGAUUGGGGAAGACAAAGAGCCAAAGAGUAUAAGUGAAACAUCGAAUCCUCCAAAGUCAGACACAGAAACGCCACCAGAAAAGCAGAUUAAUGAAGACAAAGAGUCACAGAGUGUAAGUGAAUCGUCAGAUCUUCCAAAGGCAGACACACAAACACCUACAGAGGAGCCGAUUGGGGAAGACAAAGAGCCAAAGAGUAUAAGUGAAACAUCAAAUCAUCCAAAGUCAGACACAGAAACACCAACAGAAAAGCAGAUUGUUGAAGACAAAGAGUCAAAGAGUAUAAGUGAAACAUCGAAUCCUCCACAGUCAGACACAGAAACGCCACCAGAAAAGCCGAUUUGGGAAGACAAAGAGCCACAGAGUGUAAGUGAAACAUUGAAUCCUCCACAGUCAGACACAGAAACGCCAACAGAAAAGCAGAUUGUUGAAGUAAAAGAGUCAAAGAGUGUUGUUGAAGACAAAGAGUCAAAGAGUAUAAGUGAAACAUCGAAUCCUCCAAAGUCAGACACAGAAACAUCCACAGAAGAGACGAUUGGGGAAGACAAAGAGUCAAAGAGUAUAAGUGAAACAUCGAAUCCUCCAAAGUCAGACACAGAAACGGCAACAGAAAAGACGAUUGUUGAAGACAAAGAGUCAAAGAGUAUAAGUGAAACAUCGAAUCCUCCACAGUCAGACACAGAAACACCAACAGAAGAGCCCAUUAGGAAAGACAAAGAGCUAAAGAGUGUUAGUGAAACAUCGAAUCCUCCAAAGUCAGACACAGAAACACAACCAGAAGAGCCGAUUAGGAAAGACAAAGAGCCAAAGAGUGUUAGUGAAACAUCGAAUCCUCCAAAGUCAGACACAGAAACACAACCAGAAGAGCCGAUUAGGAAAGACAAAGAGCCAAAGAGUGUUAGUGACACAUCGAAUCCUCCAAAGUCAGACACAGAAACACAACCAGAAGAGCCGAUUAGGAAAGACAAAGAGCCAAAGAGUGUAAGCGAAUCAUCAAUUUCUCAAAAGUCAGACACAGAAACACAACCAGAAGAGCCGAUUAGGAAAGACAAAGAGCCAAAGAGUGUUAGUGACACAUCGAAUCCUCCAAAGUCAGACACAGAAACACAACCAGAAGAGCCGAUUAGGAAAGACAAAGAGCCAAAGAGUGUUAGUGACACAUCGAAUCCUCCAAAGUCAGACACAGAAACACAACCAGAAGAGCCGAUUAGGAAAGACAAAGAGCCAAAGAGUGUAAGCGAAUCAUCAAUUUCUCCAAAGUCAGACACAGAAACACAACCAGAAGAGCCGAUUAGGAAAGACAAAGAGUCAAAGAGUGUAAGUGAAACAUCGAAUCCUCCAAAGUCAGACACAGAAACACCAACAGAAAAGACGAUUGGGGAAGACAAAGAGCCAAAGAGUGUAAGUGAAACAUCGAAUCCUCCAAAGUCAGACACAGAAACACAACCAGAAGAGCCGAUUAGGAAAGACAAAGAGCAAAAGAGUGUCAGUGGCAUAUCGAAUCCUCCAAAGUCAGACACAGAAACACAACCAGAAGAGUCGAUUGAGGAAGACAAAGAGCAAAAGAGUGUAAGUGAAACAUCGAAUCCGCCAAAGUCAGACACAGAAACACCAACAGAAGAGCCUAUUAGGAAAGACAAAGAGCCAAAGAGUGCAAGUGAAACAUCGAAUCCUCCAAAGUCAGACACAGAAACACAACCAGAAGAACCGAUUAGGAAAGACAAAGAGCCAAAGAGUGUAAGCAAAUCGUCGAAUCCUCCACAGUCAGACACAGAAACACCAACAGAAGAGCCUAUUAGGGAAGACAAAGAGCAAAAGAGUGUAAGCGAAUCACCAAAUUCUCCAAAGGCAGACACAGAAACACCAACAGAAGAGUCGAUUGAGGAAAACAAAGAGCCAAAGAGUGUUAGUGACACAUCGAAUCCUCCAAAGUCAGACACAGAAACACAACCAGAAGAGCCGAUUAGGAAAGACAAAGAGCCAAAGAGUGUUAGUGACACAUCGAAUCCUCCAAAGUCAGACACAGAAACACAACCAGAAGAGCCGAAUGGGGAAGACAAAGAGUCAAAGAUUGUGAGUGAAACGUCGGAUCCUCCCCAGUCAGACACAGAAACACCAAUAGAAAAGCCGAGUGAAGUGUGUAAGGAAGCAAAUAGACAAAGCGAACUUAGAGAAAACACAAUGAACAUCAUUUGGAUUGUCAAGACGGUUGUCUUGUUAAUAUCGGCGGUGUGGAUUCCGGGCAGUAUCAACAUCAUUUACAAUCAGAACAAAGCCAUCGCGAAUCUUGAGAAAGGGCAUCUGCUCCCAGAAAGACCCAUUUCAAAUGGGAUGGUUUAUCAGCAAACUGUGAAAGAACUCAGUGAUCAAUUGAACAAUAUGAAGAUUGAAUCAUCGAUAGUUGACAACAGGUUGGCAGUCUUGGAGAAUAACAGUCCGUUAAAAGCAAUGACCAAUGAAAUAGAGUCCAUUCAAACCAUUCUGCAGGACGCUCAAGCUAGUAUUGAAAAGUUAAAUACUGUGACGGUCGACAAUACUAAAGCGGUAUCUAAAUUAACGUCAGCACAUGGUGAAACGAACCAACGCUUAGAAGACACGGAUAAAGAUCUUGCCAGUGUAAAAGAAACGAUGAGAAGUUUGACUGACGCGAUAGAAGGGACACAAACAUAUUUUCGAGUAAUGGACAGAAAUCAAAAUGAGGUAAAAUCGGACGUAUUAUGGUUAGGAGUUGGUCUAAGCGGUCUUUUCAUUGUGGUAUUUUUUACGAUGUAUGCAAUGAAGGAGAGGAAGAAAAAUGAAAACUUUGAACACGAUGAAAAUAAUGGUCUUAAAGCCAGCUCAGCAAAUUCAAGAAGAACGAAGAGAAGAUCCAGAAUUGAGGCUGUGGAACCAGGAACGGAUUACAUUAUUUUAACCUUCACACAUAAUACAGAAGAAUUUCUGAAAAAAUCUGGAUGCGCCAUGACUAAUCAACUAAAACAACUGCCCUGUUUAGUUGGGAAAUGUGUACAGGAAAUCUACAUCCCUGAUACUCCUGACCUUCGACCCUUAGAGACCAGCCUCAGGAAUGUUAAAGGUUGUAUCUGUGUUUUUGAAUACAACGACAGGGAUGUUAUUCUUGAGUUGCCGACAGAAUUAGAAACUAAGAAGCGAGACACUCUUGCACUGUUGAUUAAAGUCAAAGAUGCCACAGACAUGAAACUCUUAGUAGUGUAUAUGUUUGAUCCAAAGUCAGCACAAUUAUGCGAUGGUGAGCUUUACAACAGGAUUGGACAAACAUCUGGGAAUGACAUAUUGGCCAAAGUAGCCAAAGAUGGACAAUUUAUAUCAAUUAACAAGGAGUUUAGAAAACCGCAGUUAGACCAAAUCCAAACUAUCGUAGAAGUGUGACAAAAAAUAUUUUCGCAAAAUCAUUUAAUUUGUGUGCGGUUAAUAGCAUACAUUUUAAAAUUGACCAUUCACAUGACAUCACGCGGUACUAUCUCACCGGGGCGUAGUGAAACCAAAACGCCCCGCAAAACCGUUAAUUUGAAUUUCAAACCUACCCUUUCUUUGGAAAAUAAAUGAUUGUGAGUCUCACAGUACACCGUUUUUCUUCAAACUUGUUCCAUUAAAACCUUCACAGUAAUACCUUUUACUCGAGACAUUGCUUUUGUACAGUCACUCGUUUUAGCGGCGUUUUG